AUGCAUGACUCAUCGCAACUCCUCAGCGUUGGAAUCACGCUUGCAUGGAUGGAACGGAGAAUAUUGCGCAAACGGGUGUCGGAUGAUGAGGAGGACGAAAGUCUUGUUGAAGUGGAUAAUAUCUCUUUUACAAGUUUGGCUAGCUCUGAUGAUGGUGAUCUACACAUGUCAGUUCAGCAAAGCCCUGCAUUUUCUAACUACUCAGAGUUCAAAUCAGCUUCAGAACUUUCACUUCACUGCCGUCCCAGGUCCAUAUCCGAAAACGAUUCGUCCUCUUACGUUCCUCCUACCGCGCAAGCAGCAGAACUUUCCCGUGAUAGUCUUUCUUCUGGUUCUGGAGAUCAUGAAGAAGCGACUUUGACAAUAGAGGAACCGUCUUUGAUAGCAGAGCAAGAAACCAGCAGCGAACCUUUUGCAGACGAAUCCACAACUGCUAAUGUGUUUGAUUGUAGCUGGGUCGACAGCUUGUACUUCACUGCACUUGCACCUGCUCCACAAAUUGUUCAAAGACCAUACUGGGAGUCGAUGGAGGAAGAGCUCAGACAGCUGCGACUACAGGAUUCCAAUGUGUCCAAAGAUUUGGAAGAGUCGAACAUCUACAUGUAUUCUUUGCAAUUGUCUUUAUGUGCUAUGGAGGAGGCCAGGUGGUUCAACGAAAUGUCAAAGGAUCCUGAGUUGUCUAAACUUAUCAACGAGAUUGACCCCAAGUUUCCCUUGGCUGUGAAUCACUUGCCUGGCGAAGGAGAUUGCAGUGAUUCUUUGACUUCUUUCAUUCCUGCAGCUGAAGGCGACGACAAAGCAGUUUCUGCGGAUCCCGGCCCAUCUAGUCAAGUUUCAUCCUUCUUCCGCGGAAGGAGACCUCGUUAUCCUAGACAUGCUAAUGGAUCAUCGAAAGAAUCAAGUUCGUCGUGGACGGAUUUGUCGGUGGUCGCGUUGGAAAGCUUUGUCGAAACGGAGCAAAUUCGGGAUCCUAGGGUGGCCAAGUGGGUAGAAAAGCUCAUUCAACGCGCUGAAACCAUGAUGUCUCUUCCAAGCACGUCACAUGACGAUAAGUCGAAGAGCGAUGAUCAUGGAAGUGAACCAGUAGCUGAAAGAUUCUCUCCAGUUCAUGAAGAAUGGAUUUUUUCGCUGUCGAAGUCGGAAAGCAUCAAGACGAUACUUGAAGCGCAAAAUAAUCGAUGUGCUGGAUGCGGAAUCCGUAUAGAAAAGGAGUAUAUGAAACGGGUGAAGUACUGUGAUUAUUAUGGCAAAGUAUUUUGUCAGUGUUGUCAUCAGGGAUCAAAAUAUAUCAUUCCGGCCAGAAUACUGCAUACAUGGAAUUUCAACGAGUUUCCUGUGUCGGACAUCGCCUUCCACUUCCUGAACGAAAUUCACGAUGUGCCUGCUAUCAAUGUAUGCUCAGUAGCACCACAUAUCGUUGAAAAAAUACGGGUUCUCAAGCAUGUCAUUGUCUUGCGAGAAAAAUUGUCUUACAUGUGGGACUAUAUCAAGGAUUGCUCUGAUGCCGAGGAAACCGUAACGAAAUGCGGGAAUCUAAAAACGCUGUUCACAUCGCUGGAGCAACAUUUGCUGCACUCUGUGGAUCUGUUCUCUUUAUCCGAUCUUACGCGUGUACAUAACAAGGACAUGAGCUCUUUGUUGGAACCAAUAGCUUACUAUGCGAAGUGUCACAUAGAAGCUUGCGAACAUUGCAAGCAGUAUGCUACGACAUGUGUUUUCUGUGGAAAUGUCGAGGAGCCACUUUUUCCUUUCCAGUUGGAGAAGGUGCACAAAUGCAGCACGUGUGGGUCAUUGUCUCAUAUGAAGUGCCAAGCGAAGUUCAGAAAGAAGACAUCGGGUGAAAAAGGUUGUAAAAGAUGUCAUAAAGCUAGUAAAGAUAAGUCAUGAUUAUAUUUUUAUCUGUAUGCAGGGGUCAUGAUCAUAGUUUUCUUAUGUAAUUUCUGAGAAUAGUAGUGAUGUUAUUAUUUGCAAUACUCCAGUAUGGUGCUUUCCAGUCACUUUCAUCGCCGAAUUGACAUUCAAUCCUUCGUUUUUUCUGUGUAAUUGUUGUAGUGAUGUAGUUUCUAGUCAAUUGCCUCCUUAUUGUUGACCUAGAGGAGAGCUAACGCUCACGCGUAAGCUUUCCUUGUUCUGUAUUUGUACCUCUCUCUCACUUAUCACUGCUUUUAGUGCAGUGUUUGUUAGUGUCUUAUGUUGUAAAAAUUGACUGUAUAGAGGCGCACAUCGGGUGCGUCGAUUAUGAAG